GAGUCCCAAAUACCGGUGUGAAGUUUAAGAUCCUGCGUUGGAACAUAAACGGCAUCAAGCAUGAGAACCCCAGUGGUUAUGAUUAUUGGGAUGGUGCUUGCCCCCUGCGGACUAGUGCUAAACCUCACCGCGACCGUGGCCCCGAACUGGAGGCAAAUCAGUGGCCUUAUUUUGAAACCCCAAGACGUAGUGCUGAACCAGGGCAUCUGGGACAUUUGCGAAGAGACUACGACGAGUCAGAGCAAACAGUGCGGGAAAAGCAACCCUGCGUACUUUAGCCACCAAGUGGUACAAGUUGCCCGGGGCUUGAUGAUCGCCUCAUUGGUUGUCACAGCGUUGGGCAUUGUGCUGGCAUCCCUCGGCGUUCGCUGUUGGGAGGACGAGCCCGUUUACCUGAUGGCUGGACUCGGAGGGCUGGUUAUUUUUUCCUCUGGGAUACUAAGCCUUAUUCCUAUCUCAUGGUACACCGAUGUCAUGUAUAGCUUGCCGGGGUCAUCUGCUACCGAAACUGUCUCUGCUGGAUAUAGCCUGGUGUUGGGCUAUCUGGGCAGCUGCUUGGAGAUCAUAGGUGGGUUUUCGCUUGCCCUCAGUCUUGUCCAUUCCUGUAAGAGGUGCAUGGAAAACAGAGGCAGUCCCGCCAAGGCUGCCAUGUAUUAUAGCAACAAGAAUACCUCUGCCCCAAAGACCAACAAGUCUGCAAACCCCGACACAAAUGUUUACAGUAUCAACAAUGACACCCGUUUUAGGGACCCUUAUCCUACAAGUCUGGGCUACAGUGUAGGAAAUGACAACUACCGCUAUGGCAAUGGCAGUAAAAAUAAUAAUUCUUUGGCUUCUAGCCCAAGGUCCUACACCAACUCCAUGGAUGUGACAGAGGGAAGGCGUCCUAGAAGUCAUGGGAGGCCAACCAGCCAGCUCAGCUCAUUACCCUGUGAUUCGGAUUUACUUUGAUUCCUCUUGCUCUGGAGAGCAGGUACUUCCACAUACUGUGAAUAUCUAGGAUUCUUGAGAGACCCUUGAUAGAAUCCAUUAUAAUGAAGGAUAUAUCAUCCACUCAGUGCAAUAGCAUAUGUUUAAUUGUUGUUUGAUAAAAUGCA